AUGGCUGCCCUUGACGCCGGGCAGCACUCGGCAGCGGCAACUAGCAAAAUCGCUCGCCAGUCUCCUCAACCCCCAUCUAAGCGAGACAAGAAACGCCAGGUCUUGAGCGACCGCCUGAGUGCCCUUUCCGAGCAGUUCAAUCGCGAUAAAGAUAGACACUACCGAGAAGAGCUACAGAAGAUUCAAGUGGACGUUAACCUUGUUUCUCGAGUCGAUCCCUACGCCGACCGUCCACUUGACGAGAUCGAUCGGGAGCGGAGAGAAAGAGAGCUAUCCCAAGCCACAAAUGGCGCCAACAACAACUCUGGUGCCUCGCACCGGAGCCUCCUAGAAAUGGCCGGACCUACAUUUCAAGAAUGGAUCCACGAAGUAGAAGAUCUUCUAGAAACUCGUGAUUACGACAUGACAGCUCAGAAGUAUGACUACGAGCGGAAGAUGCAGGACUAUCAUAAUACACAUGCAUACCGAAUCGAAGUAGCCAAGAGAGAGCACAAGGCUUUGUCGGAUACCCUCAGAGACCGGCUGAUCAAUAACAUCAUGUCAAAGAAGUACCGACUCACUAAGGAGAAGGAGGCGAUUGAUAUCUCCGAUAGCUCAGCCUUGCUCUUGCACCCAAAUCAAUUCAGCUUGACGAACCCAGCUAGCCCUGGUGGGCCCCAUGGCAAGCGAAAUACUCGAUUACGACGGGAAAUGGAGGAAUUGCCUGGUUUCUCUGACAAUAAAAAGAGAAAACGACACGCAGCCGAUGAUGAUGGCUCACCGGCCCCUACUCGCAGGGGCGACACCUCCAACGCAACACCAUUCUGGCAAAGCGAUAGACUUAAGAGUUUGCGAAGGGGAACAGGCCCUGUGUAUAGCAUGGACAAGUUAUUUACCGACAAAGAGCUCUCUAUGACCUACAACGCGGCGGCCCUGGCGUCGCACAAACACUUGCUAACCCGUCGUGACGCAAGAGGAAAUGUCCUUCCCUCACCAGAAGAGAGUGACACUAGCAAUGGAGAUGGCAACGAAGAGGAAGAGGAACUUUCAGCAGCAACGAUGGAACGACAACCCUCGCAUACCACGCGCAGCACAAGAGGUGGCCAGCAAAACUUCUACGACGAUAAGAUGCUUGGCUUAGAAGGGUUGGCAAAUUUCGAGCUUCCCGGGAACCUUAACAAGGUGGCAGCGCAAGAACCUCGGAUGCCUCCGUUGAUUCAAUCUCAUUACGUCAAAGCAUAUGUCAAAUCAGAGUCUAACACCCCUGCGAGCCUGUCGGCUGAGGAUACGGCGCACGAUAUCACUGUGAUGACAAUAUGGAAGAACUUUCAGUCCAAGAAUGGCAAAGGCUCUAACAUAGAGGUCGACAAUGGCGGUCGCCGUUUACUGGAGACUAUGUCCACACCGCAGCGGAGAAACAAAAACGUCACAUAUGUGCAACGUGCUCGCCCUUCUACAGACGCACUUGCAGAAUCUCUGGGUGUGUCUUCUAGCGUGCGAGAUGAGCCAGCUGUAAACCAAGCACCCAUAAACGCAGCCGCGAAUUCGGCUGCUGGAUUGCCUAUGAGCCGGCAAAGUAGCCUUGGCGGUGUGGCCAUGAGCAGAACUGGCAGCGGAAGAGGUAAACGCAAGGGAUGA